AUGGACGACUCGGACAAGCAGGAGCCCAUCGCUAUUGUUGGUGCAGCAUGUCGCUUUGCUGGCGAGGCGUCAUCACUGGACUCCCUAUGGGAUAUGAUUAGCAAGGUCAAGACUGGCCACUGUCCGGUUCCUGGUGAUAGAUGGGAUAGCAAUCAUUGGUACCACCCUGAUCCAGACCGAAAAGGCGGAAUCAGUACACAGCAUGGGUACUUCCUUCAGCAAGACAUCAGCCGCUUUGACGCCCCUUUCUUCUCGAUAACAGCCAAAGAGGCUGCCGCCAUGGACCCGAUGAAGAGGCUGUUGCUUGAAGUUAGUUACGAAAGUAUCGAGAAUGCCGGCAUUCUGGUUGAGGAUCUGAUGAACAGCCGUACGGGUUGCUACGUCGGUUGCAUGACAAACGACUAUGAAAUGACCUCCUCGCACGAUAUUUACGAUAUCGGACAUACCGCAGCUUCAGCCUUGAGCGAAUCAAUGACCGCUAAUCGCGUCUCAUGGUUCUUUGGUCUCAAGGGCCCGAGUUUGACGCUUGACACCGCUUGCAGCUCCUCGCUAUAUGCUCUUCACCUGGCAUGUCAGUCGCUUAGGCUGAAAGAAACGAACAUGUCCGUCGUCGCCGGAAUUAACCUCAUGAUUAAUCCCCUCACGAUGCACCAGCUCACGGCCAUGCACAUGCUCAGCCCUGAGGGGAUCUCGCACACAUUCGAUGACCGUGCCAAUGGCUAUGGCCGUGGAGAUGGCAUUGGCGCUCUGAUCGUCAAACGUCUGUCGGAUGCCAUUCGCGACGGCGAUACCAUUCGCGCUGUGAUUCGUGGUACUGGUGUCAACGCAGACGGCAAAACACCCAGUAUUACACAACCAAGUUCCGUAUCACAAGCCGAACUGAUCAACCAGACCUACGAGGAUGCAGGGUUGGAUCAGUCGGAGACGGGGUACUGCGAAUGCCACGGUACGGGGACGCCAGUUGGCGACCCUCUUGAAUUAACCGCCAUUGCCCAGACCCUUGGCGCAGCGAGGCGUGCAGCUGGAAAGUCCCCUCUUCAUAUUGGCAGUAUCAAGCCUACUGUGGGCCACACGGAGGGAUGUGCUGGUCUCGCCGGCGUGUUCAAGUCCAUCCUACUGCUUGAAAAAGGAAUGCUGGUCCCCACGUACGGCGUGGAACGGGUGAACCCGAAACUAAAGUUGAGCGACUGGCACCUUAGUCUUCCCAUGGAUGUUCUCACAUGGCCGGCGCCAGGACUGCGGCGAAUUAGCGUCAACUCAUUCGGGUUCGGCGGUGCCAAUGCUCACGUUAUCCUAGACGAUGCUUACCACUACCUCCGAGCAAGGGGUCUGGCUGGUAAACACAAUGUGGACAUAGAUACAUCGGGUUCGGAUUCAGGUAUUUCGACUACACCAUCAAGCGAGCUCGUCCAAGAUGCAUCCAACAAGUUGUUCCUCUUCAGCGGCAAAGACCAGACCGGAGCCAAGCGUGUGUCUGAAGGGUUCGCCACAUGGCUGCAAAGCGGCGAUUCAGAAGACAAGCACGACGUAUCCAUCUUGGACAAUCUUGCAUACACACUUGCGGUGCGCCGCUCACAUCUAGAGCACAGGACUUUUGCCAUUGCCAGUUCGAUGUCAGACCUCUCAAAAAGACUAUCACAAGGAUUGCCGGCAGCCACUCGGUCACAGCGUCAAGGCGACAAUGUUGUCAUGGUAUUCACCGGUCAAGGUGCUCAGUGGCCAGCUAUGGGACGGGAACUAUUCGAGCAUCCUAUCUUCCGCCAAAGCGUGGAAGCUUCGCAGUCUUACCUCGAGACUUUGGGCUGCAAGUGGAAUGCAAUUGAAGAGUUGGCCAAGACGCCCAACCCGAACAUCAACCUUCCAGAGUACAGCCAGCCCCUCUGCACGGUAGUCCAGGUCGCACUGGUCGACGUUCUUCGCUUCUGGAAGAUCUUACCAACAGCCACAAUCGGACACUCGAGCGGUGAGAUGGCCGCCGCAUACGCCGCAUCUCUUCUGACCCACCACGACGCCAUAAAGCUGGCCUAUGUCCGAGGUCUCAGUUCUGCCGCUGUCUCUAAACAAGGUGCAAUGAUGGCUGCUGGGCUUUCUCAGGAUGAUGCCCAGAAGUACCUCGAGAAAGUUCCACACGGAUCUGCGGUCGUGGCCUGUAUCAACAGUCCCUCCAGUGUGACACUCUCUGGUGAUGUCGAUGCCAUAAACCAGCUGGAAACCCUGAUAUCUAGCGAUGGUAAAUUCGCCCGCAAACUGAAGAUCACAACCGCGUAUCACUCUCCUCACAUGCGCGAGGUCUCGCCGAGAUAUCUCGAGAUGAUUGGCGAAGUGUCCCCGACGGAGACAGAUGAGACGGACAGCAGCCCAGUCAUGUACUCGUCCCUUACCGGGUCCAUAGUCUCUUCUGCCAAAGAACUGAACGCUCAGUAUUGGGCCAACAAUAUGCAGAAUCCCGUGCAGUUCUCACAGGGUCUCUUGGCAUUACUGAAGCAUAAGAAAGUGGCCCCAGGCGGUACCCGCCCAGUAGCCGUACAAUGGGGAGGUUUUCUCGAGAUUGGCCCUCACGCGGCUCUCCAGGGACCGUUGCGACAGAUCAUUGACGUCAGCAACAACAAGUUCGCCAAGUCUGCGCCUUACGCCUCAAUGCUUGUUCGUGGCCAAGACGCCACGGAGACAUCCUUGAACGCCGCAGGGGUGCUCUGGGCUGCAGGGUGCAAGGUUGACAUGGGUGCAGUUAACCAGCACUCACAGGUCAACAACACCCUUCAGAUGCUUUGCAACUUACCGCCUUAUCCCUGGAAUCAUACAAAUAGCUUCUGGCACGAAUCGUAUUCGUCACGCUCUUAUCGCUUCCCUGCCCACGUGCGCAAUGACUUUCUGGGUAUACCAGAAGAUUCUCAGAGUAGCCACGAGCCACGGUGGAGAAACUACCUGCGCAUCUCCGAAAACCCAUGGAUUGAAGACCAUAUAAUCACGGGAACCGUGCUGUACCCAGGUGCAGGCAUGCUUGUCAUGGCCUUGGAAGGCGUACUGCGCACCGCUGACCCGUCCAAGACAGUUGAGGGAUUUCGGAUGACCGAUGUCAUAUUCGAGCGCGGGCUCGUGAUAUCUUUGGAUGACGGGUCGCCCGUGGAGACCCGUAUAAGUUUCUAUCCGCACAAUACGAAACCCGACUCGUGGUCCUUUACAGUCUACUCGAUGACCAAGGGCCCGCCGUGGGCGAAACACUGUGCUGGAACCAUUGCUCUCGUAUACGAGAAGGAAGCGAGCGAAGUUGAAGAGGGCAGUGCGGACGCCUUAUGGCAGAGACAAUUGGGUUCGCAUAAGGCCCUGCUCUCCGAAGCUGACUCCGCGGUUGUCAACGUUGAUGAAUUCUACAAAAAUCUAGACACCAUUGGCAUGCAGUAUGGUCCAGCGUUCCGUAAUGUGGUGUCCCUUACGGCAGUACCAUCCAAGGACGCCUCCUACGGAUGUGUGGCUGUUCCAGAUACCAGGUCGACAAUGCCCAAACAUCACGAGUCUCCCAAUAUCAUUCAUCCGGCAACCAUGGACUCUAUCUUCCACCUGGUGAUUGCUUCCCUCAAUACCGGCCGGCCAGUGAAACAAGCUGCAGUGCCUUAUAGCAUCGAAGAGAUCUACAUCGCCCGUGAUCAGCCAAAGGAACCCGGAGCACUCUACUCUGGCUAUGGUCGUUUGCUGUCCCUGAGCGGCCAUGAGAUUACCGCUGAACUGGUUGUCUCUGAUCAAGAGUGGGCAAAACCAAAGCUUACUGUCAAAAACUUUGCCCUUCGUCAGGUUACGUCUGGAAACGACUUGGAAACCUCUGGUACCGUAUCGUCCGGGACCAUCAAGAACUGCGCGGGGAUUACCUGGAUUCCUGAUCUCGCUUUCUUGACCAGCAACGAGGAUCUUACGAAGCUCGUAUCAUCCGGGAAGGCGGCCACACUUAUCGACACCUGGCUGGACUCGGUGUUCCUAAAGGCGUCGGACAGCACCAUACUUGUUGUCAUGUUCGAUGAGUCCGAAUCUAGUAUCGAUAUUCUCCUUCGCCUCAAGAGCCGAACGUAUGGACCUAGAAAGAUCACUGCCCUCGCCACAUCUGAGUCGGGAUCACAGUUGAUGCGAGCGACGCUUGGCGAAGAUUCUGAGAACACGACCAUCACCUAUAAAUGGCUGCCGGAGAGCGAACUUCUUCAGACGCUGGCUCCAGAAGCCAACGAUCUCGUCAUCGGCUUGGGAGUUCCUGAUAUCUCGAAGAAUGCUGCGACGCUUGCGACGCUGGCUCCACUGGCGUGCCUCACUCACGCUGGGCAGCCAGACAAUGUCGACGUCGUUGAGCUAGGUAGCAAGUACGUCGGCCGUCUUGCGGAAGAUGCGACCUAUUUCCUGUUCGUAUCAAGCACGAAUUCGCCCUCGGUUGAGCUACCUGACUCUGUUGUGCUUCUCUUGCCUGCAUCGCCAUCCGAUGCCCUUCGUACAUUUGCUGCAACAAUCCAGACCAAGCUUGAAGGCUCCGGUGCUUCAGUCGCACUAACAAAUCUGACUUCGAGCGGCGUGGCUUCACUCGGCGGAAAGUCUGUCAUUUCUCUCCUCGAGGUUGAAACCCCACUAGUGUAUGCCUGGGAUGAGGACCAAUUCCGCGCAUUCAGGACACUGGUCUCCACAGUUGGACAUCUUUUCUGGAUUACUCGCGGCAGCGUCCUUGAGAGUUGGUCGAAUGGUGUUGAAUUCGCAACAAGCCAGGGUUUGUUCCGAGUAAUGCGUAACGAAUACCCAAUCGCAGUUUUGCCGUCUCUGGAUCUGUCCGCGGUCGCCGAUAUUUCCAGUGUCCAGUACGCAGAUCUGGUUCUCGACGUUUGGCGAACAUCUCUAGCUGAGGAUGCAGAAAUGGAAUACGCUGAAGGCAACGGCUUGAUUUACAUUCCUCGUGCCACGGAAGAUGCUGGCUUCGACUACGAACUGCAAUUGACAAGUAAUACCGCGAAACCGAUCUUGUCUACCCUUGGUGCUCUAGGAAAGCCACUCAAAGCGAUCGAGUCUACAAACGUCCAAAGCUGCAUCUGGAUUCCGGAUGAACAGGCCGAAUCCCCGCUUGCAGUAGGCGAGAUUGAAGUCAAAGUUGAGUAUGCUGGACUCGGAACUGGCCAAACAUUGAACUCUGUUCAUCAUGCUGUUGGCCUCGUUACUCGUCGAGCCGACUCGGCCCAAACAUUUGAGCUUGGUCAACGUGUCAUUGUUUUCUCCCACGCUGCUGCAAGGACUCACAUCCGCCAAAACCAGGCCCUGGUUGCACCACUGCCCAAGGGCCUUGAGCCGCAGCAGGCUGUUGCGCUCGUUGAGCCGUUGAUAACUGCGCAGUAUGCGCUUGUCGAGACGGCUCAUUUGAGUCACAGCCAGACAUUGCUACUGGACAACGCAGCAAGUGCGGUCGGACAAGCCCUGAUACAAGUUGCCAAAGCGGUUGGGGCCGACAUCUUUGCUCUAGUCCACAACAAAGCAGAGCGAGACAUAAUCGCUGACCGAUUUGGGAUCUCUUCGGACCACAUCUUCGAUUCGGCCUUGAGCAAUUUCGUUCCACUCAUUCAAAGUGCCACGCAGAACCGCGGCGUUGAUGUCGUUGUCAGCCAACAGUCGGGCGCACAUGUCGCUAGAGCCAUGUCGAUUCUGUGCGACUUUGGUCAAUUUGUUGACAUCAACGGCGAGAGCUCCAGAGCUCUUCUUGCGGCCUCGAAAACCAACGUGACUCUCGCUCGCAUCGACAUGGCCGCAGUGAUCCAAGGUAGACCAAGUGUUGUCAGUAAGCUCUUCCAGCAGGCCUUUAAAGAGUACACCCUCCAAGGACCUUCCCCGCUGGCGGUGCUGCCGGUUACCAAUAUUUCAGCUUCGGUAAACAACACCCAGACCGAGCAAGUUGUCGUGUCAUUGAGCGAUGAAAGUCCUGUGCUCAUGCCUGCACCCCCGUCUCAGGAAUUGAAGCUUGACAGUGAAGCAACAUACGUACUGGCUGGUGGCCUGGGCGCUCUUGGCUUGGACAUUGCCAACUGGAUGGUCGAAUGUGGUGCCAAGAAUCUGGUUUUCCUAUCUCGAUCGGGCGGGUCAAAGAAUCAACAAGAUCUGCAGAAAUUUGCUGAGUGUUCUGUGCGAGCCGAAGCGUUAAAGUGCAAUGUCAAUGACAGUACCAGCGUUGCCAAAGUAUUCGACACCAUCAAAGCCAGUGGUAGGAGGAUUGCCGGAGUGAUCCAAUUAGCCAUGGUUCUAGAAGACAGCAUUUUCGAUAACAUGUCUUUCAAUCAGUGGCGUCAUGCGAUCGAACCCAAGACCAAAGGCUCACGGAACCUCCUGGCCAACAUCUGGCCUGGUGACAAGCCCUUCUUCAUUCUGCUGUCGUCCAUCACCGGUGUUAUCGGCAACACGGCGCAAGCAAACUAUGCCUCGGGAAAUACUUUUGAGGACGCGUUGGCACAUCACGCUCGCACCCAUCUCGGCAUCAGCGCUACCAGCAUCGAUGUCGGCUUGGUCUCCGAUUCCUCGCACUUUACGGCAGCUGGCGAGUUUGGUGACCUCGCCAGCUACCUGGGCAGGUACCAGCACGGUUGGCGAGGCCUGCAGACGAACCUCAAAGAGCUCGGCGUCGUGAUGCGAGCUAUCAUGCGAGGCUCCACCACAAAUGGACAGCGCGUACCCGCCCAGGUAGUGCUGGGUCUGGGUGACCGCAUCGAGCACAACGAAAGCACCGGAGGCUUCUCGAAGGACAAGAAAUUCGAGCUCCGCGUCAAAGUCGGAAACCAAGCCCGGGACGGCAAGGCGAAGCAAGACGUGGGCACCCUCUUAUCCAACGCGACGAGUAUGGCAGAGGCUGCGGCGGUCGUGGAAGAUAAUAUCAAGGACCUGGUCGCUGCGGCCAUGGGUGUCUCAUUGGAAGAGGUCGAUACUCAAAAACCUUUGUAUGACUAUGGUGUUGACUCACUACAGGCCGUCGAGAUUCGGAAUCGCGCCCUGAAGAACAUGCGAAGUGAUAUUUCGGUCUUUGAUAUCCUAAGUGCUAUGCCGCUAAGUGAUGUAGCGGCCAAGAUUGCAGCCAAGAGUCAAUUGGUCAAGGUCGCUGCGGAUGAAGAUUGA